AUGGGAUCUAAUGUUUCAAAGAACAAGGUUACAGCACAAGACAAGGCCAUCUUAGAUCUCAAGAUUCAAAGAGACAAACUGAAACAGUACCAAAAAAAAGUUAAUGUAGUAUUGGAAAGAGAAGUUUCUGAGGCUCGCAAGGCACUCGGGCAAGGCAAUAAGAAAAAGGCGCUUCUGGCACUGAAAAAAAAGAAAUAUCAAGAGCAAUUACUUGAAAAGACCGAACAGCAGUUGAUGAACCUUGAAGAGUUGACCAAUACCAUUGAAUUUGCUCUAGUCGAAAAACAGGUGAUGGAAGGACUCAAAGGAGGAAAUGCAAUCCUCAAAGAAAUUCACAAGGAAAUGUCAUUGGAGGACGUGGAACGACUUAUGGAUGACACCGAAGAUGCUAUUGCUUACCAGAAUGAAUUGGAUGAAAUGUUGAGUGGAAGGAUGACCGCAGAGGAUGAAGAGGAUAUCAUGCGUGAAUUAGAGGGACUCCGGCAAGAAGAGCUUGAGGCUGCCUUACCAGAAGUACCGAAUCACCCGUUACCAGAGACCGAAAGAGCUGAUGUUAGUUUUCCAGAGGUCCCUACCCAGAUACCUACAGCUACUCCCAGCAAAAAUACAGAAAAACAGGCAAUGUUGGCUACCUGAUAAACUCAAUAUAGAUUGGCAAAUUUCCCUAUUUUGGAUUUUUUUUUUGUUUUCUUUUCUAUAAAAAAAUCUACAAAAAUUAUUGUCAUAAAUAACCGAUCAGAAUUCAAGCUUGUAUUUAACUCUCAAUUGAUUAAAAAUUUUCUUUAACUCUG